UUUCUUAGGGCUUUUUGUGUCAAGGAGAAAGCGAUGGCACGUAGCAGAGGCGGAGGCGGCAAGACUCGCACUUUCAAGGCGCCAGCAAAAUCGGCGGCCAAGGCGCCCGCUCCAGCUUACCAUGCACCGCCUCCAGCACCGGUCCCGCAGCCCAGCGCCGGGGGCAUAGGAGGAGGAAUCGCGGCCACGAUGGUAGACGGACUUGUGUUUGGAGCCGGCAACGCUGUGGCUCACCGGGCUGCAGACGCGAUCAUGGGUCCGCGUGUUGUGCAGCACGAAAUGACGCCUUCUUCUCAGGCUGCCAGUACUCCCGCAGAAGCUCUGCCUCAGCCAACAAGCUCUGGUAGUGAUCCAUGCCUCAAGCAAUUCAAAGCGUUCCAGGAUUGCAUUGCGGGCAAUCCUGAUGACAUAUCGAAGUGUCAGUUUUACAUUGACAUGCUGGGAGAAUGCCGCAGGACCGCUGGUUCAAUGGUUCGAUCGCCAGAGGGAGUGCCAAACUAGAAAGUUUCAGAGUUUUGCAGAGCUAGUUGGGACAAGGCGGCAUGUUUCUUGGAAAGUUUAAAGUUUGGAAGUAAAGGAGCUAUUUCUUUGUUCUUUC